AUGGCUACUAGGAAAAAACAACAAAUUACCUUGUGCACUGUUGGUUAUGGUGACGUUGUCCCAACAACCUGGGCAGGAAAACUCAUCGCAGCUUUUUCAGCCAUUCUGGGAAUUUCAUUCUUCGCACUUCCAGCAGGGAUAUUAGGCUCGGGCUUUGCUUUAAAAGUUCAGCAGCAGCAACGCCAGAAACACCUUAUCCGGCGCCGUGUUCCCGCAGCGCAGCUCAUUCAGUGUCUAUGGAGGUGCUACGCCGCCGACACCAACUCUAUGUCGGUCGCUACCUGGAAACCUCACAUGACUCCCUGUCCAAGUCCUACAUCAGAACGUCCAUUUAAAACAAACGCUUCGUUUGUAAGUCGAUUUUCCACAAGACGAAGAGAUCGGUCCUGUUCGUCUAGCAAUUCCAUUUCUAAUAAUCCACAUUCCCCCUUACUUCCGAGAAAAGAUCAAAAUAAAAAGCCAAAUGGGUCAGAUCUAUCAGAAGAAGGAACUCUCGCUAUAAACAGCCUCUCUGUACCAACGGCUCAAGUGACCUGA